GCGCCAGCCGAGCCGUCGAACCACGACUACUACCACCGCCUCCUGCAUCCAAUUCAGCUGCGCCAACAUUGUUUUCUUGGGAAACACGUCGACCAAGCCUUGCAGGGCCGAGUCGCGCCUCGCAGCUGAGAAGGCCUUGCGCGAGUUGUCUCGCUUUGUCUCGAGAGAGGCACACCCGAUCAGCGCCCCCUUCGGAUGCCAUUGCCAUGGCCAUGCAAGCGACAGACCAUCUCGACCUCGGAGCAAUGGCGGACCGGCUGCCGGCCGCGCAGGCCGCGCCAGCCGACCGUGGCACCGAAGGCGGCAAUAAGUUUCAGCAUGCCAUCUCGGCGUGGAGGAAUCUUGACCUGACGACGCUGACGACCAACCUCGACAACACGGCAUCGGAGAUUGUGGCGUACCAACGAGACUCGACCGUGCAGAGAAAAGAACUAGCGCAGAAGACCAAGGACUUCAAGAAGCUCGACGACUCGACGAAGCUCGUGGAGAUCAAGGGUCUUCUGAAAGCCUACCAAACAUUCAUCGAUCAUCUAACGAAUCAUUCGAAGUCUGUCAAUUCGGCCUUUUCACAGGCGUACACGUCCCUGUCCGAUGUACCGGACCCUUACCCGCUCCUCGAGGCCUCAGUCGACUCCAUGCUCGUGUCAGAGGAGACACUUCCGAAGCUUACCGAGGAGAACCAACAUCUGCAGAGCAACGUCUCAAAGCUCACUACGCAGCUGGAAGAAACCGAGUCGAAGCUUCAAUCAGAGCGCGCUGCCCGCAAAGAGCUGGAAGAUACCCUGGAGUCUCGUGUGAAGGAAGUCGAGUCCUCGUGGACGGCUGUACUGGAAGAGAGCAAGGACAACUGGGAGGCAAAGGAGAAGAGCUUGGAAGACAAGUUGGAGAAUCAGGAGCGCCUCCUAAACGAAAUGCGUGCCAGCUACGAGGUCACUCAGCGGCUCGGCAAGAAUGGAGAGGAUCAAGACGCUCAGCGUGGCCGAGUCUCCAGUGCAGAGCUGGAAAUGCUUCAUUCGGACCUCGAGCGUACUUCGUCCCGACUGGCCGAGGUAGAGGCGCGCAACGAGCAGAUGAGAUUGGAGCUGGCACAGGCCAAGUCCUCUGCGUCCUCCCAGCCAGAGAAGUCCCUCGAAGACGAUCCUGGUUAUAUGCGUAUGCGGUCUGAAAACUCGUCGUUGAUACGCAAGCUGGACACGGCAAGACUGGAGCGGGAGGGUCUCAAGCGUGACCUGGACUCUCGUGUCCGGUCAAUGGAGCGAGAGGUGAUGCUACUCAAGGAAGAGCGGGAGUCGCUCAAGACGAAGGUGCAGAAGUGGGGCGACUACGAUGACAUCAAGCAAGAACUCGAAGUGCUCAAAAGCAUCGAAUUCUCGACCGGAGACGACGAUGACGUCCGCGACAAGCUAGAGUCGGAAGCUGGGGUCGGCAAGGGUGACAGCCUGGAAAGGCUGCUAUUGUCACGCAACAAGAAGCUUGGAGACGAGCUCACCAUACUCCGCGUGUCGCACCAGGACCUGCAGUCCCGGUUGGAGGACCUCCAGGAAGAGCUGUCGCGAACGAAUGCGGAGCUGGAAAAGUCACAAACCCUCAACGAGAAGCUGGAGACGGAUCUGGAGAACAUGCAGGCCGAGGGCGCCAACGCGUUUCCCUCGGGCGUCUCAGUCGCAGGGACGUAUGUAACCCGGGCACAGACUCGCAAGGGGAGAAUAUCUCCGACAUCGUCCCUGAUCAGCGGCAUAGACCCACGAGCGGGGCCUGGCGAACGAGAGCCCAUGGGCGGUGGCUCCGGCAUCUUGCCCAUGGUCACUGCCCAACGCGAUCGGUUCAAGAAGAAGAACGCACAGCUGGAACAGGAGCUUUCCGAUACGCACCGAACGGUACAGCAACUGCGUCAGGAAGUGGCGGCCCUGCAAAAGGACAAUUUGAAUCUUUACGAGAAGACGCGGUACGUGUCGACGUACAGUCGAGGGGGCGCGACGACGUCGUCUUCAUCAGCGUACGCAUCGAACCCGAACCCCUCGACGGUAUCGAUUGGCGGGACAGGGAAUCCGGGGAUCUCGCUCGAUCGGUACCAAAAGGCCUACGAGUCCAACAUAUCGCCGUUCGCGGCGUUUAGGGGCCGAGAGUCGGCACGAGCGUACCGGCGGAUGAGCUUUCCGGAGAGGGUGGUGUACUCCAUCACGAGGAUGGUGCUGGCGUCUCGAACGAGCAGAAACCUGUUUGCGGCAUACUGUGUGGCACUCCAUUUGAUAGUCUUCUUCUCUCUGUACUGGCUUGGCAGUGCGGACUUUGAAAAGCACGGCAGCAACUUUGGGUCCGCGGCGGCGGCAGCAGCAGCAGCAGCAGCAGCUGGUGGAGGAGGCGGUGGCGGCGGCGGCGGCUCGAUCAAGGACGGCGCCGCGCAUGGCAAGUGGAAAGAGGACGGGUUCGGCGGGCACUGAAGGGCGCCGCUGCGCCGGUGCAGAAUCAUGGGCGCUCUGUCUAUGAAUAUCUCGAUUUCUGUAGGGUUGGCGGCGGGCGGCUGCACGGCUUGGCCAGCCCUUGUGUCUACUAGUAGAAAGGGCAAGGAUGAAGAAUGCCUUGGUCUCGUGUACAUCUAACGCAUGGCGAGUUCUCAAAUAUUGGGUAAGAUGCCGGCGCGUGGUGGCCAUAUUUGCCACGUUGCUUCGGGUUUGAUGGUAAAUUUGGACGACCGGAU